UGCUCCCACAGGAGGCCGCCUCUGUCGCAGGCACAGCGACUGCCCGGCUCUCCCCGAAGGGGAGGGACCAAACUUCGCCUUACUUUUCAGCUGAGACAAUCUUCCUGGGGGAAAUCUUCCCUGGGCCUGGAAAACAAGUUUCUGGCAUGGAGCCAUGCCCAACAAAGCCUGCGCGUCGCAGCGGAGCCCGCGGCCGCCGAGGUGCUGGGCCGUGCCCCGGUAUGGCAGGGACAGGGUCAUGUGUGGGUUUCUUGUGUGUGAAUUCUGGAUCUCCCGGCUGGGGCUGGGUCAAGCAGCAGGAACCCCACGAGGAAAUUCCCCCGGAUGAGUUGCAACACCCCGUGGAGGAGCCGCAAUGCCUGUGGCCGGGCGAACGGCGGGGGACGGCGCUUUGGCUCAAGGCUCCUUCCUGAAGAGUACAGCAUGACAGAGCUUCAUGAAGCCGUGGCUGUGGGCGACUAUGAUCUGGUGAAAAAGAUUCUGAAGGCAGGGCACUGUGACCCAAACCAGAAGGAUGCUGACUGGCAUGACAGGACCCCCCUGCAUUGGGCUGCUGCCAAAGGGCGGUCGGACCUGGUCAGGCUCCUGGUGGAUCACGGUGCCCGGCCCUGCCUGCGGAGCGACGUGGGCUGGACCGCGGCUCACUUCGCUGCCGAGGCGGGCAAGCUGCGGGUGCUCCGCGCCCUCCACUCCCUGCACGCUGCUAUGGAUGCCGCCGACCUCUUCGGAGACACUCCCCGGAGGCUCGCGGAGAUCUACGGACACCAGGAGUGCUCCAAGUUCUUGGAAAAAGCAGAGGUGGAGAGUAGGAACUACCGCAGGAGAGCUGCACUGAGAAAAAUCCCCUUAGACCAGAGAGAUGAAGACUGGGAACUCAAGAAAGAAGAACUUCAGAAAAAUCCACCAUGUUUCUGGGAGAAGUGCACGGCCUCUAUUCAAAAGAAAAACAGGAAAAAAAAGGGGAAGCAGUAGUGUGCCCUGCCUGUUUGGUGCCUCCUAGCGCUUGCAAAAGCACUGGCAUACCUCAGGUGGAUCUGCAGUGUGAUAUUUAGGUGAAUGGAAGAAGCAGAUGGCUACAAGAGUGCAUCCUUAGAGAUAUACUGUAAACAAUUUCCUUAAGAGCUAGGAGUUCUUCAGCCUCUCUCUGUGUUUCUAUAUAUCUGAUCUCAAAUUAAAAAUAAAAACAACUGAAGAAUAUGUUUAAAUAUACCAAUACUCUAAAUCACUGCAA